AUGCUUCCCUUUUCUCCACGUUAUGGUAUCAGCGAUGGAGUUAUGCGCAAUGCACUUCCACCGAAUUCGGAACUUAAAUGGGACACAGUGAAAGAUUAUGAUGGGAAGUAUGUUAUUCCGUAUACAAUCACUGGCACUUAUGAUGAUAGCGAAAAGCAGAUAAUUUAUGCAGCGAUGAAAAAGAUCGAUGCAAAUACUUGCAUACGAUUUCAUGCUCGCUCUAACGAGAAGGAUUAUAUCGACAUACAGAAUUCCGAAGGAGAAGGGUAA